UUCGAGUUUUCAGUCACUGGUGAGCAGCUGAAAGCAACACUUCAUAUCUUCCAAAUGAAUUUGCUCUCUUGGGUUAUCCUAAUAUGUAUCCUAAGUGGCCUUUGUCUUGGGCAAAAGCAACCCAUUUGUAGGUCUGAACCGAAUGUGGCUGGAACUUGCGAACAGCAAAUUAAAGGGUAUACCUAUGAAGUCCGAAGAAAUAGGUGCAAGAAGUUCAGGGUGAAGGCCUGUAAGGUAACUGGAAACUUCUUCCUUAGCAAGGAUGCGUGCAAUGCGAAGUGCAAGGACUCCAGGAGGUCUGGUGAAAACGGAAUCUUUGAGUUCUGGACACGGGCUAUGUCGCAGUUUCAGCAGAUGUUUUCAUGCCUAAUAAGGUUGGCUAGAUUUUGAGGUUGCGGUUGCUGAUGUACCAAUAAAUUGCAUUGGUAAUACUUGUUUAAUA